AUGAAGCUUCUCCGUUCAAAUCCAUGCCGUGGCACUGCCAUUUCUAGGGUUUUUGGUUCCCUGAACUACUCAACCAAUACUCUGGCCUCCUCCUCCACCACAUCUCCCACAUUUCAGUCUCUGCACCAUAGGAUUCUGUUCUAUAAAGGCCCGAGGGUUUCCGUUCUCCCUGUACUCCAUCAAUGGCUGAAAGAAGGGAGAGACGUGGAGCAGUCAGAGCUCCGAGAUUUCAUCAUUAAACUCCGUCGGUCCCGCUGCUACAACCUCGCCCUGGAGAUCUCAGAGUGGAUGGGCGACGAAAUGAAUUUCGAUUUGCACCCUGGAGACAUUGCGAUUCGGCUGGAUUUGAUCUCGAGAGUCCACGGAAACAAACGAGCUGAGAGGUAUUUCGAUUGCAUUCCCAAUGAAUUAAGUGAUAUUAGGACGUUGAACAACCGGCUGCAUUCGUAUGCAGCCACUUCGGAUGUAGGCCGAAUGGAGAAGCUUUUGAUGAAGAUGGAAGCUGAUCCGACGGUUAUUGUGGACUGGCAUGCUUAUGCUGUUGCAGCAGACGCUUUCUUGAAGGCUGGAGAAUUGGAGAAGACAUCGGCAUUGCUGAGGAAAUCGGAGCGACUCAUUACAAGUAAAACAAGAAAGUCUGGUUACGAAUUUUUGAUGACUUCACAUGCUGCUGUUGGUAAUAAGCACGAGGUUGAUCGAAUUUGGGAAUUGUACAAAGAUGUCGUAGGAUUCUACAAUAGUGGGUAUCGCUGUAUGAUAAGUUCGUUGGUGAAAUUGGAUGACAUUGAAGGUGCUGAAAAAAUUGUGGAGGAAUGGGAAUGUGGAAACAAACUAUUCGACAUUCAAACACCCAACUUGUUGAUCAAUGCUUACUGCAAGAAAGGUCUUUUGGAGAAGGCCAGAUCAUACGCAGAGAAGUUUUCAGAGGGUGGGAAGGAGGAUUGUAGAACUUGGGGCAUAUUGGCUACUGGAUAUCAUAUGAAUGGUCAGAUGGCAGAGGCAGUGGAAACAUUGAAAACGGCAGCAAGCUUGGCAUGUCGACCAGGGUGGAAGUUUGAUCGUUCAACUGUGUCUGCAUGCUUUGAUUACUUGAGAGAGAAGGGGGAUGUGGAAGCAGCACAUGAAUUGUUGAGAUUAUUCAGAGAAAUGGGUCAUCUUCCAACAGAUUUGUUUGAUAAAAUUGGAAGUUAUAUUGAUGGUGGUGAACCUCCUAUGGAAAGGAUUGAUAAAGUUCAGGAUCGCGGGAUGGAUUCGACAGUUUAUCUUUUCAACCAUGUUGGUUUUGUGGCAUGUGACAUGGCAUGUUACUGUAACUCAUGGGUAUGGGAGAUGAAGCUUAUUGGUUCGAAUCCAUGGCGUGGCAAUGCCAUUUCUAGGGUUUUCGGCACGCUAUUCAACUCAACUGAGGCUCUGGCCACCGCUUCCGCCUCCGUCUUUGCCUCCGCACCACACCCAUUUGUGCCUCUGCGCCGUAGGAUUUUGCGGUCCGGAAACCCUAGGGUUUCCAUUCUGCCGGUGCUCCAUCAGUGGCUGGAAGAAGGGAGAAACGUUGAGCGAUCAGAACUCCAAGAUUUCAUCAAGCAGCUCCGAAAAUUCCGUCGCUACACCCAAGCCCUGCAGAUUUCAGAGUGGAUGAGCGAUGAGCUGAACCAUGAUCUGCAUCCCGGAGACAUUGCAAUUCGGUUGGAGUUGAUUUCGAAGGUCCGCGGCCUCGAAGAAGCGGAGAAGUAUUUCUAUAGCAUCCCGGAGUUAUUGAGAGUGGUUCAGGUGUGUGGUGCUCUCUUGUCCUGCUAUGCAGAGCAUAAUUGCUUGGAAAAGGCCGAGGCUCUUUUCGAAAAGAUGAAGCAUUCGGGUAUAAGAGGGCCAUUGCCGUAUAAUACAAUGCUGACACUUUAUUCUCGAAUGGGUAAACAUGGAAUGGUAGAUAUUCUAGUUAAAGACAUGGAAAAGAGAGGCGUUGAUUAUAACAUUCACACGUUGAACAUUCGGUUAUUUUCUUAUGCCGCCACUUCUGAUAUCAAUCGAAUGGAGAAGCUUUUGAUGAAGAUGGAAGCUGAUCCUCUGGUGUCUGUCGACUGGCAUGGUUAUGUUAGUGCAGCCGAAGCAUUCUUGAAGGUUGGACUAUUGGAGAAGACAUCGACAUUGCUGUGGAGAGCAGAGCAACGCAUCAACAUUAAAACGAGGAAAAUUGCAUAUGAAUACCUGAUGACUUCAUAUGCUGCUAUAGGUAAUAAGGAUGAGGUUUAUCGAAUUUGGGGAUUGUACAAAAGUAUUGUAGGAUUCUACAAUAAUGGGUAUCGGUGUAUGUUAAGUUCGUUGAUGAAGAUGGAUGACUUUGAUGGUGCCGAGAAGAUUCUGGAGGAAUGGGAAUCAGGGAACCAAUCCUUUGACAUCCAAAUACCAAACUUGCUGAUCAAUGCUUACUGCGGGAAAGGUCUGUUGGAGAAGGCCAAAUCAUGGGCAAACAAGCUUUCAGAUGGAGGAAAGGAGGAUUGUAGAACAUGGUCCCUUUUGGCUACUGGAUACUGUACGAAUGGUCAGAUGGCAGAGGCAGUGGAAUCAUUGAAAACGGCAGCAAACAUGGCAUGUCAACCAGGGUGGAAGUUCCAUAAUUUAACUUUGGCUGCAUGUUUUGAGUACUUGAAAGAGAAGGGAGAUGUGGAAGUGGCACAUAAGAUAUUGGGGUUAUUGAGAGAAAGGGGUCAUCUUCCAACAGAUUUGUGUGAUAGGGUUGAAAAUUAUAUUGAUGGUGGUGACCUCGCUGUUCUGGAGUAAGGUGAAGGGGGAUAUCGUAUGGAACGAAUUCAUAAAGUUCAGGAUGGAGGGAUGCAUGCAAUAGACGGACAGUACAAGUCAACGACAAGGGUGGAAGACAAAUAUUUAUCUAACAUUGUGAAGAGGUGCAGUAGGUUUUUUGGCAAUGGUUACCGUACAGAUGGUCAGACAGGAGAGGAAUCAAUGAAAAAGGCAGCCAACUUUACAUGUGAACCCUGCUGGAAGUUGAAUAAUUUUUCUUCUUUGGCUGCAUUUCUGGAGUACUUGAAAGAGAAGGGAGAUAUGAAAGUGAUACAAAAGAUUUUGACGAUUAUUGAGCAAAAGGGUCAUUUACCAACAUCUUUGUGCAGUAGUUUGUAAAAUAAUAGACGGUGGUGAACCGCAGGUUCUUGGGUUCUUGAGAAGGUGAAGGGGCUAAUUAUGUGGAAGGUAUUCACAAAUUUGGGAUGAAGAGAAGCAAGUCGCAGGCAGCAGCUAAAAAGAUAUGUAAGUCUGUGAAAGGUACUUUGUUCUAUCUAAAUGCUUUAGCUUCAGUAAGUACAUGGUUAGCAAAAUGCUAUACAGCACAGACCAGGGCAUGGUUUGUAAAUUUGCGGUGUGUUAGUAAAUUUGGAAAUUGUUUAGCCACUUGAUUACCAUCACAAUGAUAUCAUUUUUAUAUAAUGCAUGCAUUGCGUGAAUAACUUUGGAGUAA